AUGGACCAUGAUAAGACUAAAGAGAAAGCUUUGAACCAUUUUCAGUCAGUAUUAGGUGAUAAAUACAAAGAAUAUGAAUUCUUCUUCGCUGAUGACAACGGUCUUUUAUUAAUUAAUCCGGUAGAGAGAAGAGAAAUAGAUGAAUUGGGACAGGAUAGGUUAUUAGAGAUGGCCAUUGAUACAUUACCACAUAGGUGUAUGGUAUGCAUGGAACACAAUGUCUUUACUUAG